UGAAGUGUGGGUGUCCCUUCCCCCAGCCCGCUCCCCGGCGGGCCCCCGUCAGCGCCCCCGCAGAUGGGCUUAGGCUGGAGCAGCGCGGAGGAGCGGCAGCCCCUCCUGCCGCCGCCGCCGCCACACCACCAGCAGCAGCAACGGCGGCGGCCGCAGCCACGGGCUGGCGGGGGCCCGGCGGUGCCGGCGGCGGUGCCGGUGCGGCGGGUGGCGCCGUUGGCGGGCCGCGUCUACGGGCGGCGGUGGCUGGUGCUGCUGCUCUUCUCGCUGCUGGGCUUCGCGCAGGGCCUGGUGUGGAACAGCUGGGGCCCCAUCCAGAACUCGGCCCGCCUGGCCUUCGGCUUCAGCGGCUGGGACAUCGCCCUGCUCGUCUUCUGGGGGCCCAUCGGCUUCGCGCCCUGCUUCUUCUUCAUGUGGCUCAUGGACAAGAAGGGUCUGAGGGUAACUGUGUUACUAACAUCAUCCCUCAUGGUAUUGGGAGCUGGCCUGAGAUGCGUUCCAGUUUCAGACCUAGAAAUUAGGAAGAAGCUGAUUCACGGAGGGCAGCUGUUAAAUGGCUUGGCGGGGCCAACUGUGAUGAAUGCAGCACCGUUUCUUUCUACAACGUGGUUUUCUCCGGAUGAACGCGCCACAGCAACAGCCAUCGCGUCGCUGCUCAAUUACUUGGGCGCUGCUGGCGCAUUUCUAGUGGGACCUCUUGUAGUGCCAUCUCCUAAUGGAACAUCUCACCUCCCGCUGGUAUUGCAGAGCAACACUGAGCACAUCAAGGACCGCAUUGAGGCUGUGCUGUAUGCAGAAUUUGGAAUGGUUUCCCUGAUAUUUUCCGCAGCGUUGGCCUACUUCCCCUCGCGCCCUCCAUUCCCUCCCAGUGUGGCUGCUGCAAGUCAACGGCUCAGCUACAGGAGAAGUUUUUGCAGACUCUUAAGCAAUUUCCGAUUCUUGAUGAUUGCUUUAGCCUAUGCUAUACCACUGGGUGUUUUCUCUGGCUGGUCUGGCGUUCUGGAUUUGAUAUUAACGCCAGUUCAUGUAAGCCAAGUAGAUGCAGGCUGGAUUGGAUUUUGGUCUAUAGUUGGAGGUUGUGUUGUUGGCAUAGCAAUGGCAAGAUUUGCAGAUUUUAUCAGGGGCAUGCUGAAGUUUAUAUUGCUGCUGCUUUUAUCUGGAGCAACGUUAGCAUCAACCUGGUUCACUCUCACCUGUCUAACUAGUGUCACUCAUCUGCCUUUAACCACAGCUACACUGUACACAUCCUGCAUUUUGUUGGGUAUAUUCCUCAACAGCAGCGUACCAAUAUUCUUUGAGCUCUUUGUGGAGACAGUCUACCCUGUUCCAGAAGGAAUUACCUGCGGAGUUGUCACCUUUUUGAGUAAUGUGUUUAUGGGAGUGCUUUUGUUUUUCCUCACAUUUUACCAUACAGAGUUUUCCUGGUUCAACUGGUGCCUGCCAGGAUCGUGUCUGCUCAGCCUGCUCCUCAUCCUGUGCUUCCGCGAGUCCUACGACAGACUCUAUCUUGACGUCGUCGUCUCUGUGUGAUGACACCGAACUGGUGAGGGGUUGGAAGAGACUGGAAGUCAGCUUUGCAGUCUGCACAUCUGCCUGGAUUUGCACAGCUGAACAGCAGAAAAACAAAGAAAUUACAAGACUUAAUUGUGGCUUUAUUAGAGAGGGUGAGGGACAGGCUGUUCUUAUGUUCAAGACCACCUUGAUUUGCGAUAAACAUGGUGAUAAUGAUGCUGAAAUGCACAAAGAGAAUAUAUCUGAUGUACAGGUCCCGCUGCCAGAGCUGGGGCUCUCUAUUUAAAAGGCUGUUGAUAUAGCAGUGAGGUGUACAGUUGUGUGUGCGUGCGUGUGCGUGCGUGUGUGCCGACUCACGGUUAUACACACCAGGGUACCAGUACUCUUCGGAGUCUUCUAUCAGAAUAGAAAUAGUGAAUAACCUUAAC